CCUACAUAGAAGCAUAAUUGUUCAGAUGCAGAACAUCGUGAAAUUAUUAGCGUUAAAUGUCAAAUUUCUUCAUGAUUUUUUGUAGAUAAUCUGUAAUUGUUUGGAGCAAAGCACUUGUGGCAUAUCAUUUAAUCAUGUACAGGAGUCAGUGUCUCAUUCUGCCCACCGAUUCUGCCAAAUGCUGAGCACGGACAUUAAAGCAAGGAAAAUGAUUGAGAUGAUGGGGAGGUCGUACUGGACUCCAUGAGGCCACACUUCUGUUGUGGUCACUUUUGACUGCCUUGCUAUAGAAAGGAUGUUCUUUUCACAUGCAAGGUGUGCAGACAAGAUUUACAAGGACGCGACCCAGGCACAGGAUUGUUGGUGAGGAUGAUGGAGGGACCCUGUUUACACCAGAGGAAUAUGAGAGGUACAAGAGAGAAGUGCUGCCAAUGCGAUUACAAAAUCGCCUUUUUGUUAGCUGGUCGUCACCCGGAGGGAUCGACUGCAAAUUAGUUGGCCCAGAAACACUCUGUUUUUGCCGGCACAGAUAUAAACAACACAAAACAGAUUUUAAGAGAAUUCCAACAGAGCGUCCCAUUUUGCUGCCGUGCAGAGUGACGGGCUGCAGGUGUAUCGCCUAUAGUUACAUUCCAUUGAACGGGACGCAGCCAAUCCGCUGCAGGUGCAAGCAUUAUGCAGACCACCAUGAUGAACUGGCACCUUACAAAUGCAACGAGUGUGCAGGUUGUGCUGGGUUUCAUAGCUCCUUUACUUGUGGCUGUGGUGAACCAACAUACGCUCAUACAAUGAUAGUUGAGACAAAAGCAGAGCGUUUGGCCAGAGGACGAUCUGUGGGGCCUGAUGUUCCCUAUGCUGCCGUGGGAGGACUGACUGGAUUUAAUGCACUGGCAGAAGGAUACAUGCGACUAGACUCAAGUGGAAUAGGAGCACCAAGCAAUGAAAUUCUUGAUGCACCUUCUACUCCUAUGGACCACCCUUUCCUGAGAGCUUUCGCACCACAAAUAGAGGCAAUAAAUGCAGGAAAACCAACAGAUGAUGUUUAUGGGCUAAGCCGAUUUGCCCACCUUCCCACAGCCGAGGAACGAGACAUGGCUUACUUUGAAAGCCGCUAUCAAGAGCGGCUCAAAUUGGAAAAGGCUACAAAGGGUCAGAAAAAGGUUACUGCACCUAAAGGUGAAACUUCACAACUGACAAAGCCUUCGAAAGGACCAAAAAACAGGAAAUCCUAAGAACAUACACACUAUUAAUUGUUCUUUCCCCCUGUACACUGAGUACUAUCAGUAGCCCAUCCUCUGGAAUAAACACUGCAGAUUUAUGUUAUACCUAUGUCAGGGGUGAAACAGUCACAUUAGUUUCACCAGCAUUACUACCUACAAUUGAUAUUGUCAUCCUGAUAAAAAUAAACAUCUUGGGUAUGAAAAUUCAAGCAGAUUGUGAAAAGAUAAAUCUGAUAUAUCUGAUAAACUUUGCUGUAAUUCUAUGCUAU